AUGGCUCAGUUAUUAUUCAAUGAAAACUUUCCAGUUAUUGUAAAGGAAAAUGUAUGCAAAGAGAUGGGAGGAACAUACUUGGAGGUAGAAAAGAAAAGGGAAGACGGCGACGGGGAAGCCAUACUGGCUAGUCUAUCAAUGUUGUCCCAGCAGAGGGAAGUGCGAAGCAACUUUGAAGAGGAGAAGGAAAUGUUGUCACUAGCCUGGAGUGAAGUUGGAGGUGGUCUUGCCAUUGAAGAUGAGAGGCUGAUGGCGGCGUUGUGGAGAGUUUUGGCCACCAGAGUCAUUGCGGGAGAAAGAAGAAAUCGAUGUGCAGAGAAGAGAGAAAGGUUCAUGGUAGCUCUCGAUGGUUGCUUGGUGGCUUCUUGUGGUGGAGCUAGUGGUGGCUUUGGGCUAGUAUUCAUGCUAACCAUGCAAACACAAAGCAAGAGUUCUCUAAGGAUGGGAAAACGGGGGAAGUCGGGGCAUUUGUCCCUAAUGAUACAUGCUAUAACAAUUUGCCUUGUAGCCACCAGUGUGGUGGCUUACGAGCCUUAUUAUUAUAAAUCAUCUUCUCCAUUGUUGAAAUCUUCUGCCCCACGUUAUUAUAAAUCUCCACCACCUUCAUCUUUAUCAUCACCUUCAUCAUAUCUCUACACAUCUCCACCUCCUCCAACAAAAACCCCUCCACCAUCAAAGAAAUCCCCUCAUCCACUAUACCACUAUAAAUCUCCUCCACCACCAAAGAAAUCCCCUCAUCCACCAUACUAUUAUAAGUCUCCUCCUCCACCAUCUCAAACACCAUCACCUCCAUACUAUUAUAAAUCUCCACCUUAUCCAAAGAAAUCUUCUCCUCCUCCAUACCACUACACUUCACCUCCCCUACCAAAGAAAUCCCCUCAUCCAUCAUAUUAUAAUUACAGGUCUCCUCCUUCAACAUCUUUAUCACCAUCACGUCCAUACCACUACAUAUCUCCACCUCCUUUAAAGAAAUCUCCUCCACCGUCAUACUAUUACACAUCUCCUCCAUUACCAAAAAAACUCUUCCAUCCACUAUACUAUUACAAGUCUCCCCCUCCACCAUCUCCAUCACCACCACCUUUAUACAGCUACACAUCUUCACCUCCUUCAAAAAAAUCUCUCCCUCCUUCAUACCACUACACUUCACCUCCUCCACCAAAGAAAUCUCAUCAUCCACCACAUUAUUAUAAGUCUCCUCUUCCACCAUCUCCAUCACCACCACCUCCACACCACUACACAUCUCCACCUCCUCCAAAUAAAUCUCCUCCACCACCAUACCAGUAUGCAUCUCCUCCACCACCUAAAAAGUCUCCCCCUCCACCAUACUAUUACAAGUCUCCUCCUCCACCAUCCUCAUCACCACCACCUCUAUACCACUACACAUCUCCACCUCCUCAAAAGAAAUCUCCUCAUCCUGCAUACCACUAUACCUCACCUCCACCACCUAAAAAGUCUCCCCCUCCACUGUACUAUUACAAGUCUCCUCCUCCACCAUCCCCAUCACCACCACCUCUAUACCAAUACGCAUCUCCACCUCCUCCUCUAACACCUAAAAAGUCUCCCCCUCCACCGUACUAUUACAAGUCUCCUCCUCCACCAUCCCCAUUACCACCACCUCCAUACCACUACACAUCUCCACCUCCUCCAAAGAAAUCUCCUCCACCACCACCACCUAAAAAGUCUCCCCCUCCACCAUACUAUUACAAGUCUAAAUCUCCACCUUUUCCAUACCACUACACAUCUCUUCCACCUCCAAAGAAAUCUCCUUCUCCACCAUACCACUACACAUUUCAUCCCCUUCCAAAGAAAUCCCCCCCUCUAUACUAUUACAAGUCUCCUCCUCCACCAUCUUCAUCACCACCGCCAUUAAACUAUUACACAUCACCUCCUCCUUUAGUUAAAUCCCCACCCCUUCCAUACUAUUAUAUAUCUCCACCACCACCAUCUUCAUCUCCUCCGCUACCCUACUACUACAAAUCACCUCCUCCACCAUCUUCACCACCACCACCUUCAUACUAUUACAAAUCACCACCUCCUUCAUCUCCGUCACCUCCACCUUCGUACUACUACAAAUCACCACCACCUCCUUCACCUUCACCGCCUCCCCCGUACUAUUACAAAUCACCUCCUCCACCAUCUUCACCACCACCUCCU